AUGCCCAAACCGCGUUGUGGCGAAAAAUACACGCACACACACAGGCGCGCGAACUCCACCGCGGCGUCAGUGUGGUCGUGCCCGAUGCCAACGAAAAAGUAUCCGAAAUGCGCGCCAAAGAUGUCCAAUCGGAGACGCGACGGUUUUCGCCUUUUGAAAUACAAAGGUUACUUCCGGAAUAAUGAGGCGGGCUCUCGCGGGGGAGCGGCGCGGCGGUUAAGUCAAGAGCAACAGAGUAAGGUCACGGUUAUUCUUUUGGCCGGCGGUUCGGGCGUUUUCGGCGAUCUCCGCCGCCUGCGCACGACCCGCUUCGGCGCGUUUUUCAUUUCUGCUUUCUGCGCGUCGCUCGUCGAUUGCAAUAAAGAUUGGGCGUUAGCGUCCGAUCUUUGGGUAACGUUUGAGGUGUCGUCUUCGUCUUCGGAGAUGCACGAUGUUGAAGCUGGAGCGGGACCACCCAUUGCGGUCAUCGGGAUGGCGUGGACAUGUGUAGCUCGUCGUCGCGAUGAUGAACCAAGGCAGUUGUUGAAGAUU